AUGACAAUAAAGCUGAUCUCUUCUGAUUAUCUAUGCUGUUGUGCCGCAGGGUUGCGCAGCCAUCCAAUAAACAACUGCAACGACGUGAGCCCGGAGGUUGUGCGCCACAUCCAGGCCAAUGACACGACGGUGCUGCUGCCCAUCCUCUACCUCGUGGCCUUCGUGGUGGGCCUCCCCUCCAACCUGGUGGCCCUGUGGGUGCUGCUCUUCCGCACCAAGAAGCAGCCAUCCACCAUCCUGCUCAUAAAUCUGACCACCUGUGACCUGCUACUGCUGGUCGUGCUGCCCUUCCGCAUCGCCUACCACUUCCAUGGCAACAACUGGAUGCUGGGCGAGCCCCUGUGUCGCCUGGUGAUAGCCGUCUUCUACGGGAACACGUACGGCUCGGUGCUGAGCCUGGCACUGAUCGCCUUCGACCGCUACCUGGCACUGGUGCACCCGAUCGACGGGCGGGCGCUGCGCAGCUACCGUUUCUCCUUCUACAUGUGCAUAGCGGCAUGGGCGGUGGUCGUGGCUGCCAUGGCGCCCCUGCUGGCCACACAACAGACCUACACGCUCAAGUCCCUCAACAUCACCACCUGCCACGAUGCGCUGCCCGUGGACGAACAGGGCAGCUUCUUCCUGCCCUACUUCGCAAGCCUGUUCACCAUUUGCUUUCUGCUGCCACUGCUGGUGGUCGUGUUCUGCUACGGCUGCAUCCUGCACACGCUGGUUAAGUCUGGCCGGCGCUACAACCACGCCGUGCGCGUCACCGUGCUGACAAUAGUGGUGUUCCUGGUGUGCCUGUUGCCCAGCAAAGUGCUACUGCUCUCGCACUACUCCAACAUGGUGAGUGCGGGCAAGGCGGGCGAGGACAACCUCUACGUCCCCUACAUGGUAAUGUUGGCACUCAGCACCUUCAACAGCUGCCUGGACCCCUUCAUCUUCUACUACGUGUCUGAGGACUUCUGGGAGAAGGCGCAGCAGAUGCUGUUCUGCAGGAAGCCCAAGCUGCAUGCCACCUCCAGCAAGCAGGACACGCGCUCGACCUCUGGGUCAUCUCGGUCCAAGCUCACGCUGCUGUCCACCUCCAGCCAGCAUGACACGCGCUCGACCUCUGGGUCCUCUCGGUCCAAGGUGACGCUGAUGUCCACCUCGGGCCAGGUGAUAGUUAUUCCCGAGGCCACCACUUUGAAGGGGAAUAUGGCCUGAUUGCAGGGGUGCGGGAUCGGGGUGACUAGAAACUGCUACUGGGGCAUCGCAAGCUUCGCAAGUAGUGUAUAUGUGACUGCAAGUGCUCCCCAGUGACUGCCCUCUCCAGGUGGAAGAACCAGAGGUCGACAGGAGACACUGGAUGCCUGGGAAAAAAUACAGCGCCAUUUACCUUUUGGUGUUAACAUGCAUUUAUCCUCCUUGCUAAAGCUCUGCAAAUAGGGAACCGGAAGUGAUAUAAGAAUAUAAUCUCCAUUUCACUCGGAAUGGCUAUAAGAAAAGACAUCAGUUAUAACUAUUGUGUUGUGUUAACGUGUGAAGUCAUGGCAUUAAAGGUCCACAUUGGUGUGAUUGUGAAGACCAUAUAAAACAUGUGAGAUAAUUUGGCUUAUUUCUGCAUGUUUUACUGACAGAACGUACGCAGCAAAAAUGUUUAAAAACAUACAUCUGUAUUGUCAUGUUGUCAGUCCUGAACACCUUCUGUAGAUCUAGACCCUUGAAAAUUCCCGAGUGAUAAUUCCUUCCCAGGGGUCUACAGCUGUGACUAUCAGUUCAACCAGCGGCAUUCCUUACGGCCGACGCUGUGUCCCAGGGCAAGUGGAGCCCUGCAGGCCAGAACUCUGACGAUGUAUAGAGAUGUGAAGAUUCUAUAUAAACACAAACAGUUUAAUAAAAAUAAAAAUGGUCUGUAAUAAGUAGGCCUAGACCAGAUCUCAGGGUUCGAGAAAAAUUAUGAGCAUAGAUUAGCUUAUGAAAGAAGAAGAGCUUAUAAAAGGAAUGAGUGCAAAUGAAGAAAACUAAUUCAUUGAAUUGAGGUGCUGUUUGGUAUGGAGAGAAAAUGGAGUGAAGCAGAGAGAUGGAGUGUGAGAAAGAGGAGUUGGAGAGGGAUAUAAAAAACAAUUGGAUGGAUGUUCUACAGAGGGAGAGAAUGAGUGAAAGUAGGAAAGAGAAUGGACAUAAGGGGAGGAACGAGAUUUUAGAAAGAACGAUCGAUAAAGUGGAAGAUAUAGACAUGGCAUGGAGGAAAAAAGGAAAUGGAAAGGACUGUUAAGUAAAAAAAAGGCUGAA